UGCGACGGACGAACGGCCUUCGUCAGUCGUUGGACGUCACCGGUACUGCGACGACGACAACCUGAGGACAGGGCACUCGAGUGUAGUUCCGUAUCUGAGUAUCUGUAACAGUCGCGAUACCAGAAGUGAAGGAAGGGAAAAAAAAGAUACGGAAAUAACGGCUCUUACGACGACAACACGGGAACAGCCUUUUCUCCGAGGCGGGAGCAUGACACUCGAAUGACGCCGGCGCUUCUUUCAAUUCGAAAAUUUCUAAAACCUUGCGCAAACAAACGAAAUGGCGUCGCGAGUGAACUCGUUUUGGACACUGCUCUUCGCGGUGGGAUUAUUUCAAUGCUCCGUGACUGCCGAUUCUGGUGUACUUGAUCAUCUUGACAACACGGACCAUCGGAAUUCCAACAAAGAUCUGGCAAUGGCGAGAACACGGGAUACUGACCUGGACCUCGAUCUUGACCUACCUCCCGAAGUGGAUGUUCCCAGUCCGUCCCCAUUGAUAGCCGAUAGGCUUCAAUACAGGAUGUCCGGCCUAUUUGCAUUCAAUGGUGGAAAGCCAUUUUCAUUAGAAAAAGAUCCCAUAACUGGUAAGAUUGAUUUUGAAAAGGCUCCAUUGAAAACUGUGAAUUACACGGCCGAAAAUACCAACGCUACUGAUUAUGAUGAAUACGAUGAAGAUUCCUACGUGACUGACGUUCAGUCUGAUGAUAUUUACGAUAAAAAGAACAUCGAUCGCAAAGAUGGAAAUGUCGAAGGAACGAGACCGAACGAGAUAAACCCUUAUUCUCCAAGUCUUCACGAUUUUUUAAAUCUCCCGGUACACUACAGCUCUGGUAAAUACAACAAAGAGAAAUACCCAUUGAUAUCUAGUUCAUAUGCAAACACUAAGGUUCAAAGUGGGUUAAACAGUUACAAUACCUACAAUCAUAGACCGUACGAAGAUUUGGAGAAAACGACCGAACCACCAUUGUACUUUGUAACUCAUAAAACUUAUCUGCCGAAAACAACGACCAAGCCUACGACUACUCAGCGAAUCUCGUCACCGCUUCCAUCUGCAGCGAGCGCAACAACACUCGGAACGCCUAUCACUACGCACACCACGCUAUUCACAACAACCACAACGGUACAAAGUACGCAAAAACCUACAUCUCCUACUUGGACAACGACUACUUACCCACCGAGAAAACCAUCUACUGCUUUCUCAUCCCUAAAACCCCCGUCGUCGACACAAAGAAUACAUGAUGAUUACUCUAAUAGUAAUUACGACGAAAACUUCGCACCGUUCAAACCAAUACCGGGAACUAACUAUGGCAACAAACCUGUCAAUUCAAAUAUACCACAUUCUCAAAAUUCACAUGCAAGGCCAAUUGUUUCCGAUGAGUACGAUGAUGAUUAUAGUUAUGGAAGCAUCGAGGACAGUGACAAUGAUGAAAUAAAUAACGGAACGCCCACCGAAUCAUCGAUGUACUCAGCCCCGCCUAGCACAGCUUCCACGACAACUCUAUCGUUGUCAACUACUACGACAUUGGAAAAACAGGAGUCCCCUGAUUUGCGGAUGAAAGUCAACAACUCUCCGUCGAAAAAAGGGGGACUCUUUAAUUAUACAACGAACUUGGCGAAGAAACCAACAACGAGCUAUAGUCAACCCGUAUCAACGGGACCGCCCCCAACUUCUUUGCCUUUGGGUGAUAAUCACCCUGAAAAGCCAUUACAGCCUUACCCUGGAAAUCCGAUAGUGCAUAAUCAAAAGCCGUUCGAAACAUCUAUCGAUAAAACGAUCAACAGAAAACCGGAAUCUGGAAAUAAUCCUGUAGGGUUUUUUGAGCAUCCAAUUUCGAACAAUGUAAAUCCUGAUCUUUCGAUAAAUAUGAACUUAAGACCUUACGAAAAUGGAAAUGGGCAGAUCAGACCUUUAAAUGUGAAUCCAAAUGGCAUGAAACAGGUUGAAAGUACGAGUAGCGUGAUAAUACCACCUGGCCAAGACACAGUUUCAUUUGUUCUUGGCAAUCAACAAAAUGUAGACGGUGGUCACUUUGUAGGUACCGCGAUCAGAGAAACUGCUUAUGGGUCUAAAAGUGAAGGUCAAUUUCAAUCUAUGUACAACUCACAAGACAUCGAACAAAGUCAUUCUCAAACAACAAGUGCUUCUAAAAAGCCAGCGACGAAUGUACCCGUUGCUUUGGCGUCAGUGGCAAUUCAUCCGAACCCCAUUUCAACAGAAGUUGGUCAGAAAAACCCAGCCUUACAGAAUAAUAUUGAGCAACAUAACUUGAACUUCAAUCCUCAGAACAGACCUUAUCCUCCCAAGAUUAACGGAGUUGAGCCACCAAAUCCUGGUCCAUUGCCAUCUUUCGUAAAUUCACCGUCACUUUAUCCAAACACUGUUUUGAAUAAUCCAUCGGCAGUAUUACCCGGUACUCCAAAUCCGGGAAGAUUGAAUAUUGUGCAUCCACAAAGUGGACCUUCAGAAACUUCUCUCAAUCUUGGAGUCAGGACAUCAUUGAAUGCACCUUCUUUGAACAUAGGAUCAAGGCCUUUCCAGAAUGAAGUAGUAAACAUACGAAACGUUCCAGUUGAAGCCUCUCUAAACCUUGGAGUAAGACCUUCUUCAAGUGCCUCUUCGGAAAUUGAUAGAGCGCAUAAUCAAAAUGACAAGCAUGUAGUUUUCGGUGGUUCAAUUGAAAAUCCUCAUACAAAUCCGCAAAAUGGGUACGUUGUUUUUCCGGGUAACAGUCACGAAAGACCAGUCGAAGAACACGUUAUUGUUAUAAACGAAGCUGAUGGGUCUGUACAAGAAUUUUCACCUACAAUAAAGGGUACACCAACCCUUGACCAUACUCAAGAACAAAGCGAAAACUUACCAAAACUAUCUGAAAAUUUAACUCCUCCAGAUGAACCAAUCGAUAGGCAAUCGGAACGCCCGUCAGGAUUAUAUUCUUCGAGACCUUUUGACGGCCGUCCAAGGCCUUACUACCCGCCGAGACCUGAUUUUCUCCGACCCCCUAGGUUACCACCGCAUUCUAAACCUGGUCCUGCGGAUGGCAACUUCAAAAGACCUUCGCUCCAAGACUCCAAGUUGCCUAAUAUUCUGCCUCAGUUCAGACCGAACUCAAAAUCUUCGCACGGUCAUCAUGGAUCCGAAUCAAUCGGUACUAUACCUGCGCUUUAUGGACCAGGGAGGCAGCCUAUGUUGGGAAGGAGACCGUCGCUGCCAUAUUUGCAGAGAUUAAGUCCACCCCCACCACCACAACCAUCAGUACAUGCUUUGAGAUUGGUUUCUGAUAGUGACCCUGGGUUUCGCGACUCCGCACAAAUAGAGGGGCAGAAGUAUCAAGGUGCUCUUCUGGUCGACAAGCGUUACCAAGGUCAUCCGUCUUUAGAUAAUCAGCAAUUUCGAAAUCCAGUAUCGGACAAUCCGCAUUUCCCAAAUUCCUUCUCGAAAAAGGAAAAAUUCAAGGAGCCAGAUUCACUUUACAAGCGAUUUCGCACACCCUUGUCGCAAAGUGACCGAUAUCAGGGCCUCCCAGGAACGGAGAAUGAUCAAUUUACCGAGCAGAAACUUCGACGGAACGCUGAAACAGAGUCAGAAGAAAUUUCUGGAUUUGAGAAGUUCUCUGCCGAACCACCGCAGAUACCAUCGAGGACUCUAAUUAACAGACGAUCAAGUACCGACCUCAAAGACGUUCCUCAGGUAACUACUUUGCAGAUGAUUCAACAACAAGGUGGGCUCGAUGAGAAAGUGGUGAAGCCGAACCUCCCACCACCGUUUAGAGUAAAGUUCAGUAAAGGUGAAGAUAACUUUGACGACGAUGAUGACGAUAGCCGUAGCACGGACAAUGACAAUAAUGAAGAAGAAAAGCGGCCAGUCUAUGUCGUAUAUCCCAUGAAUUCUGUGGUUAGCCAUAAAGAUGAUUCACAAACUGACGAUGAAAGUGUUGUAGUUGGUACUAGAGGGCCACAUCGACCUUUACCUCCAGAUACCCUUGCGUCAUCAAAAGAUGAGGAGGAAGAAGAAGGAAUAGGACUACCUCUGUUACGAGACAAAACCAUUCUACAUCCGCAAACCAGGCCUCACCCUAGUUCGUCAUUAAAAUCUGAUUUCCCUUAUCCUCUGGAGAGGCCUGACGCAUCGUUACUGAUAACCCAAGAGAAGCCAUUACUUGUACCGAGUGACAAGAUCGAUGAGGAGGUUGACGAUGAAAAUACAAAUGUCAAACAACACGACGACACGAGUAUCAAUCUGAUACCUUACUUGCAGGAUUACAUGCCCUUUCUGAUGAGGAAAACUGAGGCUCCAACUGUGAGAGACAAGCCUGCAAAAUUUGACAAUUUGUGGCUUCAAGACGAUUCCGACCCGAGAAUCAUCAACAAACCAAGUGAUGAUGAAGCACCGCUUUAUAGAGCUCCAAUUUCUGUGACUUUGAAGACUGUGCAGCCGACAACUGUAACACCCAUUGCUUACGCGUUUACGCCGACGGAUGAUACUCCAGAUAAUAAAAAAUUAGAACCUUCUGAAUUGAUUGAGGUUAUGUCGGAUGAAUUAAAAGACGAUAUGUCGGGUAAAAAUCCCGUCUUACCGUCUCAGCAGCCCUCAAGUUCCUCGAGUUCCGCACCAUCGCCACAAAACUUUAUGGCGCCAUUCAUGGCUAGUGUCAGUGCCGAAGCACCUUCUAGCAAUGGCUGGAGCGUCGUGGCCAAGCCUGAAUCAAAUGACAGAUCUGACGAACAAGAGAAAGAGGACGAAACACAAACCGAACAGAGUGAAUUUGAUAUUGAAAACUUCAAACCACAACUUUUCGGGGGAUUCAAACCAAUUUAUGAAUUUCCGGCAGCCGGUGAUUCUACUCCAAAGCCUGCAAUUGAUCUAGAAUCCCAGCAAGAUUAGAAUUAAGGUCCACAUUAUAAUUAACGUCGAGAAAUCCAUGGCAUUUGUACAAUCACGUUGUACUAAAACAGUCGUUUAAGUAGCAUGCGAGUUUUAGUCACGAGAUUAUUCAAUUAAGUUUUUUACGAAACGACUCUGCAAAACUUUGUAUUCUUCUGAUUUGCAUUCUUGAACUGAAAUGUUUUGAAAUUUUUUUGACAAAAAAUAUCAAUAAUGCAAUUUGGAACUAUACCAAUCGGUGGUAGAGAAGGUCUUAGCGAUCUUCAGGGAAAAGAUAAUCAUUAGGUUACGUUUAUUUAUGUAUAUAGGAUUAAGGAACAACUUUUCGCAGUAGUUUCGACAUUCGGUUUUUUUUUUGUCAUUGAUUACUUGGAAUCUAUUUUUAUUUGCUAGUACUUCGAAGGUCGAUUCAGUAUCGAGGACCGUAAAGGAUUCGACUGAUAAUGAACAGCUCAAGAUCCUACCAUUUAAUUUACAUCAACCUAUUAAAUAUUAACUGAAUAUUAUAUUCAUCAAGUAUUUAUAUAUAUUUAUUUAAAUUAAUACUUACAAUUUCAUGUAUUUAUAACAGAAGUUCACAAAAAAUGGAUGCUGAAUUGUUGUACGUAAUAUAAAAUGUCACCAACUAUACUAAGGAAUAAAAUUAUUAAUCAUGUCUGGUAUCAUAAAUUAGAGAUGGCAUCACAAUUCUAAUAUCGCAUCAUCACAUGGAUACACUUAUAAUAAGCUAGAAUUAUUUAAUUAUGUUUGUAAAUUGACUGAAUCUAUGUACAUCGCAUAUUGAAUUGUCAAACUUGUCAGUGGCAAUAAAACUAUUUCCAAGAAUAA